GAGAGUGCGCGAGAGAGAGAGAGAGAGCGCGUGAGAGAGAGUGUCCGCCAAUCGACUAACAAGCGGGUUCCUACUGACUGCUGCUGUGUGUGUGUGGAGUAAGGAAACCUGCCCAACGUUGCCCCCCCCCCAACCUGACCCGCCCGGGAAUCGAACCCGGGUCCUCCCGUUCGCUCUGACUAACCCCUGAGCCGCAGGGAGACCCCCACCGGGAGAAUGGCAGAGCUGCACAUCAUCGGUCAGAUCACCGGAGCCAGUGGUUUCCCACAGCAGAACCUCUUCUGUAAAUGGGGGAUCCACGCAGGCUGCGCGUGGAAGCUUUUGUCCGGCUCGGUGGAAGGUAGAACGCAGGUGGACAGCCCCGAAAAUGAGCCAAUCGCCCAUUGGUCACAUCCUCUGGACAUACACUACGCCACAAAAGGACUGCAAGGUUGGCCAAAGCUUUUCCUGCAGGUCUGGCACCAGGACUCGUUCGGCCGGAACGAGUUGUACGGCUACGGUUUCUGCCACGUGCCGUCCAGCCCGGGUUUCCACGAGCUGGACUGCGUGACCUGGCGGCCCCUGGGGUCCUGGCAGGAGCAGAUGUCCCAGAUGUUUGUCGGGGGGGGCGUCCAACUGAAAAACAGCGACCUGAUCUACACCGGGGCCGACCGCUACCGUCUGCAGACCACCGCCAUGGGGAAGGUCCACCUCAAGCUGGGCAUCAUUCUCCGCAACUUUGACCGCUACGGAGUGGAGUACUGAGCUCGUUAAGAGCAGCAG